CUGCAUUAACAUUCAGAGGAAGAAGUGUCUCUGUAGGUGCAGAAGCUGCAACAGAUGCUGGUGGAGAAGCAGGAGGAAAAGGAGAGUCUGGGCCGGGAGGUGGAGAGCCUGCAGAGCCGCCUGUCCCUGCUGGAGAAUGAGAGAGAAAACACAAGCUAUGAUGUGGCCACCCUGCAGGAUGAGGAGGGUGAGCUGCCUGACUUCCCAGGAGCUGAUGCACUGCUGUCAAAGAACCAGAGUCCAUCAGCAGAGGCCAUGCUUGCUUCCCUACAGGAGCAGGUGGCUCAGCUCACCAGGCAGAACCAGGAGCUGCUGGAAAAGGUCCAGAUCCUUGAGGAGUUUGAAAAGGACGAGGCGCAGAUGGUGGAAGAAAGUCAGCCCGAGGUCGUCCCCCUGGUCUUGUAUGAAUCCUUACGGGCAGAACUUGAGCAGGUUCGGAGGCAGCACACAGAGGCCAUGCAUGCGCUGCAGCUGCUGCAGCAGCAGCAGGGGGAGCCGCCGAGGGCCCCUGGAGGAGAAGAGACGGCACACCAGGACAUCAAGGACAAGGGAAUCACUAUCCAGAAUGGACCCAGCAUCCCAGACCUCAAUGGCGUCACGUAUACAGAAACCACAGCAAGUGGAAUGGAACUCCAAGCAGAAGGCUCCAAGGGCGUCUGGAACACUGAAGCGGGGGCUUCAGAAGCAGGACCCACAGAACCCGAGGCUGCAGGUUCAGAGGCCACGGGGCAAGAUGGAGUGGCAGCCGAGGCAAUGGACACUAGUGCUAUUAUGGCUGAGGCCCUAAAUGUGAAAGCUGGAGGCGACAAUGCUGAAAGUGAGCCAGUGGCUGUAGGAGAUACAGGAGGAAAAGAGAACCCAGGAACGAAGGCUGAUGGGGUGGAUGUGUUGCAGGCUGGGCUCACAGGCACAGCGAUCAGAAACAUAGAGGCCACCGGAGUGCGGGAUACAGGAAUUCAGGAUACAGGGGUAGAGGCCACGGCAGUGAGGACCACUGGAGUGCAGGCCACAGUGGCGGAGGUCAUAGGGGUGAAGGUCACAGGAGUGCAGACCACAGCGAUAGAAGCCACAGGAGUCAAGGACACUACCACGGGGGCCACGGAAGCGCAGGCCAACUGCUGGCAGGCCAGGGAGGCAGACAGCACUGGAGCGCAGGACACAGCUAUGGAGCCCACGGGCGCACAGGCCACUGUGACAGAGACUACGGAAGCGGAGAGCGGCGGCACGGAGGACCCCUGCGCUGCGGUCCUGCAGCCGGGGGCGGCGGCGGCGGCGCUGCAGGCCGAGCUGGAGACCCGGAUCCGAGGUCUGGAGGAGGCGCUGCGCAGGAGGGAGCGGGAGGCUGCGGCCGAGCUAGAGGCUGCUCGGGGCCGUUUUGCCGAGGCGGAGGCAGAAGCGGAGGAGGCGGCCCGUGGGCGGAGCCGCCAGCUAGAGGCGCUUCGGGAACUGCUGGCCACGGCUACGGCCACGGGCGAGCGUGCACGCGCAGAGGCCGCCGAGUUGCGCCAACAGCUGGCUGCCUCCGAGGCUCGGGUCGCCGAACUCAGCUCUACACUGGACACCGCCCGCGAGGAGCUGGAGCGCACGCGCGGGGCCUCAGUUCCUGCGGACGAGCACGAGCACGCGCUGGGAGCCCUGCGCGAGCACGUGACCCGGCUGCAGGCUCAGCUGGCCGACCUGGCGCGCAGGCACGAGAAGACUAGCGCAGAAGUCUUCCAGGUGCAGCGUGAGGCAUUGUUUAUGAAGAGCGAGAGGCACGCAGCCGAGGCCCAGCUGGCCACGGCCGAGCAGCAGCUCCGGGGGCUUCGUACAGAGGCCGAGAGGGCGCGCCAGGCCCAGAGCCGUGCCCAGGAGGCCCUGGACAAAGCCAAGGAGAAGGACAAGAAGAUCACAGAUCUGUCCAAAGAAGUCUUUACACUGAAGGAGGCUCUGAAGUUGCAGCAGUCCACCCCAGCCAGCUCCAAGGAGGAGGAGGAGGCCCUACGUGGCCAGGUGACAGCCUUGCAGCAGCAGAUACAGGAAGAGGCCCGGGAGCACGGGGCUGUGGUGGCUUUAUACCGUACCCAUCUCCUGUAUGCCAUUCAGGGACAGAUGGACGAGGAUGUACAGAGCAUUCUCAGCCAGAUCCUGCAGAUGCAGCGGCUUCAGGCUCAGGGUCGCUGAGGACACAGCUCAGCCGUUCAAUCUUCACUCUUCACCUCUGCAAGCUGAAGCCACAGACACCACCUAUCCCAGCUUCCAGGGGUGAACUGACUCAACACUCAGUGGGACACCAGCCUGGGCCUUAGCGAUGGCGGCCAGCUGACCACCCCACAGCUCCCUGUGGUCUGGCCCUCUGCUUCCCAUCACCACAGCCCCCUGUAGUCUGGCCCUCUGCUUCCCAGCACUCCGCAUUUGAUAUAUUGGGAGUCCUGAUAUCCCACUCAGGAGGACAAGCCCAUUGUGUGUGUGUGUGUAUGUGUGUGUAAAAGAGAGGGGGGCAGGCAUAACCAGUGUGACACACUAGGGGAGGGCAGGGAUGGGGCAGGGGACUCAGAACACAGUUUGAUCUUCUGACUC